AUGGGAAAAUCGGAGCAAAUACCCGCAGAGCCAGAGGUACCCAAAGGUGCAUUGCAGUACCGCUGCAUCAAUUGUGGAACUGGUUCAAGUGAACUCUAUAAAGAUUACAGAAAUGGAAUCAUCAAAAUGAUACAUUGUGUGCAGUGUAGUGAAAUUAUUGAUAAGUAUAUAGAAUAUGACCCAGUUGUCAUCAGUCUGGAUGUCCUGCUUCUCAACAGAAAGGCAUUACGUCAUGUAUUGUUUAAUAGCAAUGUACAGGGUGUCUGGAAAUAUGUCAUUUUAUUAUUGACAUGUGAUGCUUUUGUCAAGUUGGCACUCCAACGAGCCAAAGGGGAGAUUACUCCUGUUAAUCCAACUUAUAUCAUAUAUUCUGCCAUGGAAUGGGGACUCUAUAAAAACUGCUUACUGGCUGCUGUUGAACUAUCAUCUUUAGUCCUUUUCAUCUGUGUACUGGUCAUGGUAUUUUCUUCUUUGAAUCCAACCCUAAGAUCUUACAGCUUUAAGAGCUGGAAGGACAUUUCAAAUCUUGUGCAAGCUGUGGUGCUAUCUAACUUUGGCAAGUUUCUAGUGAUUCUGGCUGUACUGUGGGGAACCAAAAACAGUCAUUUAUAUAUCCAGCUGAUCAAGACAUACAUAUGUGCAGCCACUGUCCAGACUUUAAGAGUCUGUAUGCCACACUGGGGAAUCGUAAAAGUGUCUUUCAUUGCGAUAUUUGGACAUUUACUGUCUAUGUAUGUGACUUAUUCUGUUCAACAUACUUUGUUUGGAGGUUGAUCAAAAGUAAAUAACUGUUAAAAAAAGGGAGGUCAAUCAUCCUGUCCAGGUAAAAGAGAAGACAUCAGAUAAACAUUUACAAGAUUGGUGCAGGCAUCAUGAAUUGACAGUCAUUAAUAUCUAAUUCUGCUGGAUUUUUACCAGAUCGGUGGCAUCGUGAAUUGACAGACAUUAAUAUCUAAUUCUGCUGGAUUUUUACCAGAUCAGUGGCAUCGUGAAUUGACAGUCAUUAACAUCAAAUUCUGCUGGAUUUUUACCAGAUCAGUGGCAUCAUGAAUUGACAGUCAUUAACAUCUACCGGUAAUUCUGCUGGAAUUGUUAUACAUGUUCGAAUAAAAAUUGAGAGGAUAAAUGAAGCAAGGGCUUAAUUAAACCUAAACUGUGAAUGUUUUUUUUUUUCUGUUUAAAUAACAAUUGCUUUAAAAAGAUAGAAUGGGGGAAAAUCAUUUUGAAUGUUCUUAAUAAUACAAAACCGUGUCAAAAAACCCCCCACAUGAUUUAUACUUUCAAAUAUACUUAUGCUUCUGUAAAGUAUAGAUCUGCCACUUUU